GACAGAGAUGAAUGAUGCAUUGUACACAAGUCUGUUCUGUGGUGGAAAUCUGACAGUGUGGCUAGUGACCCACCAGACAAAGAGACACUCGAGGAGACACUUGGGGAGGGAGAGAGAGGAGAAGAAAAGUCUGCAUUUGGUUUCAUAUCUCCCAAACCUGAACCCAGUCAACAGUCUGGGUUUUCAUUCAUAAACUCAUCCGACGCUGACCAUGUAGAAGGAGGAGGGAUAGAGGAGGCCAAACAUUCCCCAGAAGGUUCCCUGACUUUUCACCUGAAAUAGAUGUAAAACACUCAAGUCAUUACAUACACACA